GGAAGCAGCAAUCUCUAGUCUCCACGUUGAAUAUUAUUAGUAAUUUUUUUUUUCUGCUACCCUUGAAUCGUCCUCGUUUUCUCCACCUCUGUUUGACCCCAGUUGUAUGUAGUUCUUGAAUAAAGAGAUAAGAUUCUGUUUUCUAUAUUUGGCCCUUUUGUUAUUUCGGGGGUUGUUGGAUGAGAGUAGGACGCUUUCAAGAUUGAAUCUUUAAUUUAGUUAUAAUUUGGGUUUUCCCUGAUUUUAUCUGGGCUAUCCUAUAUUCGUUCAAGACUUGCCAUUUUAGUGUUCCCAGAUUCUGAACUAAUUCAGGAGUGAAGAAUGGUGAUAAGAAAUCCUUGAUUUGAUUCAGGAGUAGAUUUUUUUGGGUUUGACCUAUGAAAUUGGGGAUAUAAGUUGAAUAACAGCUGCUCAGAAAAUUUUUUCCCCCAAAAACUAAAUCCAUAGUCUUCGAUUUUUAGGAAGAUGAUGGAGCUCACUCAUGUAAAUAGUGAGGGAGAGGUUGCAGAAAGUGAAAUAUCUGAAACGAAAAGUUUAAGGAAAAACUUAUUUCACCAAUCACACUAUUCUGGUGUUGUGAGAAAGAAGGCCUACAUAUUUGAUGGAGAUGGGAAUUACUUUAACAAGGAAUGGGAUAUAGUUCAAGGUUCAGGAAAAGAGUUCUGUUGGUAUCAUGUUGAGCUUCCAAAAGGGAAUCAUAAACUCUCACAGUUGGCUCAGCAUCUCAUCCAUGCCCUAUCCCCGCCCCUAAAGCUCCAGGACAUACUCUCACUCGUUAGCAACGGGCCAUUUUGUGGGCACGUAGAUGGUGCUCUCGUAUUCAGAGUUAACUCACCCGGCCCUGCAUCUAGCAAGUUCACCUUUAGGAUCGCAGCAAGAAUCACUGAGAAUUCAGUUAUCACGGUAUCAUUAGGACGUGUUCCUAGACUGGGCUUCUCUCCAGCAAAUGAGUCUUUGCUGUCAGAGAUUCCGAUCAUAGAAAGUUCGAGUAAUGGAAGUAGUGAACGAAGGGAUAGAGGAGGGAUUGUGAUAAGGGAACAUGUACUAGAUUUUCUAUUGACUAUGAAUCAUUCGGAGGAAGCUGAUAACCCUGUGCCUAAAUCUGUUGCAAAUCUUGUGGUACACAUCAUCGAUACACAUAUGGAUCACCUUCAGGAUGUUGUGACCAAGCUUGAGAUUGAGCUGGAUGCAGUCGAGUUAGAGCUGGACAGAGGUGGUUUUGCUAUGAAGAAGCAAAUGUUAGAUAGCCGAAGAUUCCCAAAAAUGAAUCUCGACUUGCAGCGUCUACUGCAGGUGAUAGCACACGGUGAACAAGUAUUUCCCCGAGUCAAGGAAAAGUGUUCUUCUAAAGAAUGGUUUGGCAGUGAAGAUAUCAACGCGUUAGAAGAGUUGAUUGGUCGUAUAAGGAGAUUAAAGGAGAACGUUGGUUUCAUAGCCAACCGCGUCACUGCAAUUCAGGCUGGCCUCGACAGCUGGCAGUCCGAGCAAAUAAACAAAAAGCUAUACUACCUCUCUUUCCUCUCCAUUAUAUUUCUGCCUCUUUCAAUAAUAACCGGAGUGUUUGGGAUGAAUGUCGGCGGAGUUCCUUGGACCGGACAAAGAGACCCCACGAUUAAGGAUGGGUUUCGUAAUGUGCUGAUAGUCUGUGCAGCCAUGCUUGGGGUUGUUCUAUUGUGCUUUCUUUUCCCGGCUUUGUAUAGCCGUGCAAUGGCCUGGCGGAGAAGGCAGGUCAUGCAACGGAGCUGGUCCCUCAACCGGAGGUCCUUCGUUAGGAGAGCCGGGAUGGAUGGAGAAAGAACAGAAAGAGGAGGAUACAUUCGACUUUAGCUAGGCUGCAAGAGUGAUGAUGAUCAUCGUACAUGGUAAAUGUGUUCGAUCUUCUCCCUCGUUUGCAUUUCAUCCGACGUCGUCUUGCUUUGGACAGAUUUGAUCGUUUCUUGUACUUAUAAUUGAUCUUCUGCUAUUUUUUUUAUACACCCACACGCCAAUUCUUGGUUUGCUGGGAUGUAGGCCAUUGUUUUCACUUUUUCUCUUGAGAAAUCUCGAUUUUCUUGUAUAGUGUCUUUGGUUGCGAGCUUUUCAACCUCAUUUUCUCUUGAGAAAUCUCGAUGUUGUUUAGUAUAGAAUGUGUAAUUGUUCAUUUGAGAUAAUCACUUUCCAUUUUUAAACUCAAUUCUUGGCAAUUAUUUCUAUAAAAUGUCCAGAUAAUUAGUAUUGAUAA